AUGUUCGAGGAAUACAUCACCGCUGACACUGUCGAUGGAAAGGUUCAACAAUUGAUUGGAUUCUUGGUCCAACGUCCGGCCGAGGAGAUCGACAACGACUUCAACUUUAAAGCAGUUGAUGAGGAUCGUGCUGAGUACUUCAACACCAUGGUUGCCGAAGCGUUAACUUCAUUCUUCAACGUUCCAACUGAAUCAACUGAUGUCGAGCCAUUGAGUACUGUUCAAGAUAUCGUCAACCGUAUCAACAAUGCCUAA